AUGUUCUAUAUAAAUCAGCUGACACAUAAAACUGGAAAUAUCAUUGCUGGAAGUAACAGAGAAUAUUCAAUGAUGCUUAGUAAUAUUUCUUGUAGAUGCGUCAUUACCAUAAUCUUUACAUGGGCUACUCGUAUUAACAGAGCUGCUUGUAAUGUUACCGAAUACUGUGGAUACAAUACAUAUAAAGUUGGAAACGUGUGUAGAGAUUGCCCUGUAGGAUAUUUUGGAUUUCACUGCUCUAAUAAGUGUCCCCCACCUUCAUACGGAGUUUACUGUAGUCAAGUGUGUGAAUGUUCGCUAUGUGAUCAUGCGUUUGGUUGCACUUUAAACACCGAAUCUCAAGAAACGGGAUCAACCACUGCUGUAAAACAUAAAAGUUCGCCUAAAUUACAUAUUGUUAAGGACAUAACAAACCAAAAAACGCAAGGUAUAUUUUGA